AUGAGGUGUGUGAUAAUGUCGAAGGAAGAAGAAUCACAGAUGACGUUUUCGAUGCUUCCUGAUAAUUUGGUAUUAAACUGUUUGCGUGUUUCCAAAGUGUAUUACCCGAGCCUUUCCUUCGUUUCCAAGAAAUUCCGGUCUCUCAUUGCCUCAACGGAUCUUCAAGAGCUCAGAUCAUUCUUAGGUUGCACUAGCAGUGGUCUUUAUGUGUGUUUACUGCCCCGUACCAACUAUAACACUGACACACGAAUUUGGUUCACCCUCCGCCAAAAAAUAAACAGCUGCACCAAAAUUUUGGUCCCAAUUAUAUCUUCUUAUUCUCCUUUUGACUAUAGGUCGGGUGUUGUGGUGGUUGAUUCUAAUAGUAAUAUCUAUGUUAUUGGUGGGCGAGACUUGAAUAAGAAUGCAUCGUCUAAGGUCAUGGUCAUGGACUGCCGUUCUCAUACAUGGCGUGAGGCUCCAAGCAUGCGCGUGGCACGUGACAACUCCCCAUCUACUUGCGUCCUUAAUGGGAAAAUAUAUGUAAUAGGAGGCUGCAAGAAUCUCGAUUCAACAAAUUGGAUUGAGGUUUUCGAUACGAAGACCCAAACAUGGGAGUUUUUGCAGAUUCCUAGCGAAGAGAUAUGCAGAAGUUUUAAAUACAAAAGUGUAGUGUAUAAAGAAACUGUAUACGUAAGUUGUUUAGACGAGAAUUAUGUGACUGACAUGACUUACAAGAUACAUAAAGGAAGAUGGAGAGAGGCACACUUAAUGUUCAAUCAUGCAUCUUUUGACUCACCUAAUUGUGUGAUAGAGAACGUGUUCUACCGUUAUUGAACGGAGUCGCUCCAAUGGUAUGACUCCUAUAAAAAAAUAUGGAAAGAUUUGAAAGGAUUAAUGUGCAGGUCGUUUAUGCAUUCGCGUGGUAAAAGUGCUAAAUUGGUGAAUUAUGGAGGAAACAUAGCUCUUUUGUGGGAGGAGGACAUGAUUCUUAACAACCAUAGGAAGAAACUAAUUUGGUGUGAAGAAAUUGUUAUUGAAAAAGAACAUCGAGGAGAGAUUUGGGGGUUGGUUAAGUGGUCUGAGGUUGUCUUUAUAACCGAUGAGAUGAAUCGAUUAGAGCAUGCUCUUGCUACUAAUGUUUGACGCAAUGGCUUAUGAUCAUGCAUGUAAAUUGAAUUUGUUUUUUUCUUUUUUUUUUCGUUCAUUAAUUCGUUAGGAGUAUUUUACAAUAAUGAAAGUUUGUUUAGCCCUUUUUUUUUGUUUUGUUUUUUUUUUAAAUAUUUGGGUC